AUGAAUACGGUUGCUUGUACGACGAGCCAAGAACAGCAGAACAACAUCGCGGAGCAUGGAGUUGUUGUGCAACAGGAGCAGCAUCUUGGUCAGGGGAUGAACUUGCAGCACGGGACGACGAGGGCCCAGCCGAAUCAAACGUCUGCGCAACAGAACUAUCAGGGCGGUAGUUGUGCUGACAGAACGAACUCGACCACUGGUGGGACAAAAGGCGCCCCCGGAAAUAACCUGGCUUCAUCUUCCGCGAUGAUGAAUAAAGGGGGCAACAAGAAGUUCCCCCAAAACAACUCGGGAGUCAAUUUUUCUGGGAGCGGUUCUUGUCACUCUCAUCAUGGCACCAGCGGGAACGCCGGGAACACGACCGCAGUCGAAAGUAAGAACCGCUACGGUCACUUGCCGCACAGCAAGUCCUAUAAUCACCGCUCGGCGAGCACUGCGACUCUUCACACGUCGAGUUUGGGAAAAGGAGGGGAAAGGACAUCAAACACCAGUUAUGGAGGGGGAAAUAAUGAUGGCUGCUCUAGCUCUUACAACCACGGUUCAUCCACCACGAAAAUGAACAACGUGAGCUCAAUAUCCGGAAAAAAUCUUGUGCACAAUCGGAGUAUCGCCACCACUAUCAAGUGUAAAAAUGUCUGGGUCUGGAACAUUCUAAACUUGUGAUACUGUCUCUGGAUUCUGAAAAAAUUCAUAUUGCAUGACCAGCAAGAGGACUCCAGUUUGUGCUAGGCGGAGAGGUCAUUUCUCAUGCUGUAGAGGCAUCAGGAAGCCCUCACAAAAUCUGUGAUGCUAGGGCAUGCAUCACAGACAUCAGGAGUCAUGCAAAAUGUGCAUGACAAACCUGGCAAUCUUCCAGACCCAGACAUUUUUACAUUUGAUAGCCACUCAUGAUCCCAGUGGUUCCACCUCUUGCAACACCAGUAUCUGUAUCAAAUGCAAAUGUGUCCGGGUCUGGAAAUUUGUGAUGCUAAAAUGUGCAUGAUUAAAACUUCCUUAUGCAGGAAAGCAUGACAAGUUUGCAGAGCGCUUUCGCAUAGGCACUCCGCAUGAGAAGCGGCGUUUUUGUACGACAAGUGAGGCUACGCCUUUUGCUAGUCAUGCAACACAGAUUUCACAGGAAUGUAAGACCAGCAUUACAAGUUCCAACUUUUCAGACCCAGACAUGUUUGCAUUUGAUAAUCUGCCAAGCUAGUCCGGCCGCCUCACCGUCGCCAUCGCCACUCUCCUCGCCGCCACUCCGGCCGGUCGACAGCAGUGCUGGUACGACGAGCGGUAAUAAUCUUCAUGUGAGCACAACUCCAGGUGGUCAACAUGUUACUGCAGAACAAAACAAGUGCAACAGCAAAGGGCCGCUACAAAAUGUUGUAGAACCACCUGCUACUCCGAUGGAGACCUCGAGCUGCAAAAUAAAUUCGAACACCGCAACCCCCACGCCGGGACAACAGCACUCCCGUAUGCGGCUCUCACUCCAAAAUAACAAGUACGUCGAGAUUGACACUGGUAUGCCGCGGACGAUCAGCACGCAGCAGGCGGAGAUCAGCAUGAGUAAAUCGAUGGCCAUCAGCAAAGGCAAGGUCGUUGCUGGUUCUACUUCCAGUAACGCUGGCUCCUGCGCAACAACUUCAGGAGCUGGCGCAAGUUGUACAACUACCAACGCGCGCGGGGCUGCCCGGAAGGGGGUUGUUUCGUCGACAACCGCAGGGCCUGCGGCUGCUGGUGCUGCUAAAAACGAGGGGAAAACGCCGGGGCAGAGUGCUAUCGGAGGAAAGCAAACACCUGGCUCCUCUUGUGCGCAACAUCUGCAAAGGUUUGCUGGGGACGAUUUAAAAAUCGCUGCUGGUGCAGCUCAUCAAGCAGGUGCUGGUCAGGUUGGUAUGGCGGAUGCCGGGAUCACGAUGAACAACUACCAGAAACACCACGCGUCGAACACUCCUCCUGCCACGACCCACAUUAAAGACGCCACCCCGACCGGAGGAUCCUCGACCCAAAGUCUGAAUGCAGUUGGAGGGAGUUCUUUGCCUGAGAUCGUUGACAUCACAUCUAGUACAGCAACGCCGCACGAUGCGGUAGGAGCAGGUGAAGGACAACAGAUUGGUGUUCAGCCGGCGCAUCAACAGCACCACCAGUAUAAUAAUGGGAGAACUACAAAGGGCUACUCGGCGAUCUACGGCACGAUUCACAAGGGCCAGGGCAAGACGAAUAAUCACUACAGUGGCACGUCCUCGGGCACUAACAACAAUAUGAUGAGUAAUCAUACCCGAAGAUCUACAUCGUUGUAUAACACGACCAGCAGUGGUUCUUGUACCACUACCAGUACCAGCCAGCACCAGAACCUCCUCCAGAACAAUUGCAACACCGAGCAAACAAGCCAACACAUUCAACACACUCACUCGUGUACUACGGCGAGUACUAGUGCAACUAAUAUCAACACGACUUCUUCGGCAACAAACGCCAGUGGAGCUCCUGCCUCUACUCUGUCUUCGCCGCCAAUAUUAGAUCGAUCGUGGACCACUACCUCGUGGAACCAGCAGCACCAAAUGUUCAACAAUACCCAGCACCAGCGAAGCCAAUACUACAAAAGCCAAAAUCAGGUCGUCGCGCAUCAGCAGGUGGGAAGUGCAGCAGGAGCUUCGGCGGUCUUCCCGCCGAACGGUUCAACUGUUGAAGGAGCUGCGACGCAGCAGCAGGACCAGCAAAGCGGGUCACAUCAGCAUCAUAUGCCGGAGGUGGAACAACAGCAAGGGAACAGCGCUGGAGGUGGUAUUUACAAUUGCAACUACAACUCCUUCAACACAGCUGGAACAAAGGGAAAGUCCCCGGAUCAUUAUCAACAGAAGGGCGGCACGGAUCAAGUUCAGAAUACUGGGAAAGGCGCGGCUGCUGCUGGGUACAACCAAGUCAACCAAUACAAUAACAGUUAUCACCAGUACAAAAAUCACACGGCUGGUGCUCCUGCUGGUGCCCAGAAUGUCUACCACGAUGAAACCCGUGGGCCGCGGACGAUGAUGACGAAGGGAAAUGCUGGUGGUGGUUCUCGUCAGCAGAAUUACGGAGUGCAACAUAACUACAGCCAAAACCACGCUGCUUGUUUGCCGGCGGGUGGAGCGUCUCACGCUGUGUCGCAAUCGCAAGGGAACAGUAAGGGAUACCAGUCGUCGCAGCAUGGUCAGAGUGGCCAGCAAUACAAUAACACUGCUAGUAGUUCGUGCACGACUUCCAGCGACAGCAUCAAUUCGAGCGUUUCUGCUACUACUCGAGGACAACAGAAAAACCAAUAUUCGAGCAGUCAACAUCAAAAGGGUUCUUCUGCUUCUUCACCCGAGUUGCAUCAGCAUCAAGGGUCUUCGUACCACCAGCAUGGUAAAAUGAAUGCAGCGGGGUCCACGAACGCGUACAGCAGCAAUGUGGCGGCCACCAUGUCGCGGAAUGGAUCGAUGAGCACGAUUGGUGGCGGAAGCACCAUUUCCGGGCGCCCGGAUACGAGCGGGAAGUUUUUGUGCACGUACUUGCUGGGUCUGAAGCUAUCCGAUCCCUUCGACGUCGCGAAGCGAAUUAUUGGGCCCGAUGGUACUAUACUUGCGCUUGACUUCAUCUCCUUUUGCUUUGUGAAUAAAGAUGGUGAUCUGCUUUAUGCAACAGGUUGAUUUAUCAUGCUGUUCCUGUUUUAUGCACAAAAAUUUGUGUCAUGCUCAUGUUCUUGCGAUGAACAUAAAAAAUCAGGUCACAACGUGAAGUAUAUCUCGCAUGUGGUGCAAGGGUGCAAAGUCCGCCUGCGUGGCGAACGAUUCCAAAAUGAGCAGGACAACGCACCGUGUCAACUGAAUGUCUCGGUUCCCACGAAGGAGGGCUAUCUUAUCGCGAAGCACUUGGUCUACAUCCUUCUGGACAAGAUUUUUAACGAUUACUACAUUUGGACCGGAGGUAUGAUCUUCAUCUUCCAUUGCUGUGUAGUAGGGCAGGAUAAUGAGUUAUUUGUUUUGAUGUCAUCUCGUUUGUCAUGCGAGGCCGCGCAUAAGGAAAGUGCUUUGUCAUGCGUGGUAUCAAUUUAUCAAGUGAAAAAUUGAUAUUGAAAUUGUAAUUGAUCAAUCAGGUCGCCACCGCCCCCGUGUGAAUUGCCAGGAACACCCGCUAAACGACCACAUCGAUCCGACUUGGGAGAAGGAGUUUUAUCCCAGAGAAAAACGUGUUACAAUUACACACUCCGAUGCAAGACAAGCAAGACAGACAACCUCUGUCAUGCAGGAAAUGCUUGCCAGCGUCAUUUCAUUCGUGUUUUCCCUUAGAGUCUGCGCAUUACAAGUUUUCUUUGCCAUGCAGAGUAAAUUUGUGAUGCUGAAAUUCCAACAGAUGUGUAACUGUAACACUUUUUUCAUGUGAUAAGUUUCGGCGUUUAUCCAGUGAAUGAUUUUGGUCAGAUUUUUUUACUGCGAGCUUGUGAGAAGUGUAUGAAGAUCUCUGUCAUGGUGCAUCAUUUUUUUCAGCAGCAGUUUGUAGUUGCCACUCGUAGCGCAUGCCGCGCAAUACAAGCUCUGAUGUUAUCAUUUGUGACUGAAAAUCAUUUGUCUCGCAUCUCGAACCAGUCCCUGGUUUUCCGUCGAGGUUCCGAAAUUUUACGCCGGAAAUUUUCCGAGUUCGUUGCCUGCUUUGUCAUCAUCAUGCAGAACGAAGGUUGGCCUUGGCGGGCAGUAAGCUGCAACGAGUACUAGCUCUGUGGUCAUUCCCAGACCUCCGCACGUGAGAGUUUUUUUCUGCAAGUGCUUCAUGUAGCAUGAGCAUGACAAAGACAAGCGUAAAAACUCGUGCUUUCCCUUCUAUACCGAUGUCACGGACAUGAAACACGCAAAAGAGGUUCUGGCCAACAUCCGGUUUGCGGGUAUAGUUGAAAAAUUUCUUGUUGUGGUCAUGCAUUGAUCAUCAUUUACAUUUACUCUCAUUCCAAAUUACCAAGAAAACUUCGUGAAAGGUAAAAGCCGCGCGGCGGCGCACAUCCAGCACACUCCGGAUCACUACCAGCAAGCGGUUAAUGCGACAUCUUCUGAACAAUUGGUGGGUGAACAAGUAGAACCUGUUCCGGCUGGGGUUGCGGUUUCAACAUCUCCGCAGGACAUGAUCAGCGGUGGUUCCUCUGGUACUUCCACCAUACAGGAACAAUUUGUGGCACCAGCGGUAGGUUCUUCAUCUUCGCAGGUAAUUGAUAUCGGUGGUCAGGGGCAGCAGCAGAAUCAGUAUGGAUUGCAAAAAUGUGUGGGUCUGGAAACUUGUGAUGCUGGGUGGCGUAUCAUGAGGAGGCAACAAGUGCUGGCUCAGCAUGACAAGUUUCUGAACUUCAAGGUGUUGCCUAUUCUGCAUGACAAACUGCGUUGUUGCAUGACAGAAAAGUGGGGCGCUUGGGUAACGCGCAUGACAGAUUUAAGAGUCAUGCCAGACAAGCAUGACAAACAUGCAUGCCUCCAGACCCAGCCACUUUUGCAGUUGAUAAUCAGAAUGUGAGUCCGGGCGGGACGUCCGCGUCGUGUCAACAGCAAGAGGUGGUUCUUGGUGCGCCGUCGUCGCACCAGGUUCUUGCGCAGCAGCAGCAGUUUUCGGGCUCGGCGAACGUGGGACGACCCGCUGCGGGUGGGUGCUGA